AUAGAGUAGGCCCAGUGCACUGUGGCCUGACAUGGCAUCUGCAAGCCGUGUUGUGGGAAAGCGCUAUUCAUGUCAUGGCGCCUUUCAGCGGCAGAAGAUGGAUUUAUUUUGCGCCUCUCUUAUUAUGUGCUUCUUAUAACCUUUCAGGUCAGCUUCCAAGAGGCCUUUGGAAAGAGACCGUCACGUGACAUCUGGUGCCAAUGUUCUUCCAGAAGGUCGUCAGGACCCUGGUAGCCGGUAACUCCACUUUUGGAAAUGCAGAAAACGACCUACUACGACAACUCGACGCUUUUCGGAGGUUACUCGUACCAAGGGGCCAACGGCUUYGGCUAUGAUGCUCCUCAACCGGCCUUCCAGUCCGCGGCUCASCUCGAAGGCGACUACCAGAGGUCCGCYUGCUCGCUGCAGUCCCUCGGUGGCAACAGCGCUCCUCCCCAGCAGCAUGCCAAGACGAAAGAGCUGAAUGGCAGCUGCAUGCGGCCCAGCCUGCCACCUGAACACCAACCACCACCCCAGGUGUCCCCUCCGGUCAACCCAGCCAACGCCACCAGCAGCAGUGCCACCGCCACCAGCAGCAGUGCCACCGCGCAGCAGCCGGGAGGCAGCGGUGGGGCCGCCAAAUCAGCGCCCAAGACGUACACUCUGUCCACCAACCCYACCCUCAACAAGCAGAUCUUCCCCUGGAUGAAAGAGUCGAGGCAGAAUACUAAGCAAAAAAACAGCUCUCCAAGCGCAAGUUCAGCUAACGCAGAGAGCAGCGGAGGUGAAAAAAGCCCCCCGGGUUCCGCAGCCUCCAAGAGAGCGCGCACCGCAUACACGAGCGCGCAGCUGGUGGAGCUAGAAAAGGAGUUCCAUUUCAACCGUUACCUGUGUAGGCCUCGCCGCGUGGAAAUGGCCAACUUGCUCAACCUCAGCGAGCGCCAGAUCAAGAUUUGGUUCCAGAACCGGCGUAUGAAGUACAAAAAGGAUCAGAAAUGUAAAGGGCUGGGCUCGUCAUCAGGGGGGCCCUCUCCAACCGGAAGCCCACCCCUACCCAUGCAGUCCUCAGCUGGCUUCAUGAACUCCAUGCAUUCAAUGGCAGGCAACUACGACGCCCCCUCCCCGACAUCUUUUAACAAGUCCCAUCAAAACGCAUAUGCCAUGUCCUCAGCCUACCAAAACCCCAUGAAAAACUGCCCCUCCCAACAGAAGUAUGCCAACACAGCACCAGAAUACGACCCGCACGGGCUACAGGGUAACAGUGGCAACUAUGGGACUCCCAACAUGCAGGGCAGCCCCGUGUAUGUGGGAGGAAACUACGUGGAGUCGAUGCCCACCUCUGGGCCKUCCAUGUACGGCCUCAAUCAUCUACCACACCACCAGGCUGGGAACAUGGACUACAACGGUGCUACGCAGAUGUCAGCAAGCCAACACCACGGACCGUGCGACCCCCAYCCGACAUACACGGAGUUGGCAGCGCACCAUCCUUCUCAGGGUAGAAUCCAGGAAGCUCCCAAGUUAACUCAUCUGUAGUAGCAGGUUUGGGGGAAAAAACUAAAUUACAAUUACAAAUAACUAACCCAUGGGACGCUGCAAUGGGGUUGAAAAAAAAUAUGAUCCAGUGGUUUCUUGCCAUGGCCAAAAAAGUAUUGUCUGUUGUCUUUAUCAUUGUGCGUAUUAGUAACAUUCACUAGAAUUGCGUUUUGAUUAACGGUUUAUUUCCUUGAAUAUGGAGCCCCACCUCGAAAACAAGUAAUUAAACAGUAAUAGUUGGGCUUAAUGGACAGCUAACAAGGUGGGAGAUGUAUUACUGUCAGACCUUUUUGACUCGAUGGAACACAUGUUAUGUCAACGAGGAAUUAUGCUUAGCCUGAUUCCCUGCAGUCAGCACAAAUGGCUAAGCUUGACUGACGUCAAUAUGCAUUCUUCAAUUGGUGCAAGCAAACCACUGGAUUGUUUUCGAUUACUUCCCUUAUUCAUAUUACCUCUCUUUGGAAAUGUCUCACUAACCCACUGUCCAGUGACAUUUUUUUUAUUUUUUACAUGUCCUCGCCAAACAUUGUGGCUUYAAGGGAAGAGCCCCUUCAGCAUCACGCAGAUGCAUAGUAGGCCUACACCCCCACUGGGUUUAUGGUGUUUGGGUUCACAUUGCUAUGCUAUGCUAGCUAACAUCCAUAAACAAACAAACACACACACGAGGACAUAAAAUAGAUAUUUGCUAUGUUGUUAUAUCAUCGUCACAGGGUAAAAAGGAGUUGAGAACUCUUUUGAAAACUAUGAUAGGCUCAUUGCCCCCUCCUCCCCCUCUCUCCCUUCCUACUCUCUCGCUCUCUUUUCUAUCCCUCCCUACUCUCGCUCCCCCUACUCUCUCUCUCUUUCAAUCGAUAGGGUUCACUUACAUUAGCCAAGACUAAUGCGAAAGGCUCACAUUUUCUCAUGUCUUGACUUAACGUGGAAACAGGGUAUAUUUGAACAAAAUGCAUGUCCGGGAACCAAGCUGAAGUGUAGGUUUACACUAAAGCUUUCUCGUCUGGGCAUCAUUGUUGCACUUAGAGUUUACAUUUUGAUGGUUAAGGAAAAAAUACAUCUUAUUUCGGAAACGGAAGACCUCCAAUCAGCGUCUUUCUCAAUGUAUGUUCAAGUGAACAUUCAUAAAUAUAUAUUUAUUUGUUAUAGCCAGUUUAAAUACUUUCUUUUUGUAUUAUUUAUCCCCCAUGUAUUUAUAUCAAGAAAAAAAUGUAAUUUUUUAGUAUUUACCUGUUAUAAAGACGUUGUGUUCUUGUCAUUGUAAGGAAUUAAUUUUAGUUAUUGUAUUUUAGAAAUAAAUAGUUUAAUGUUACCCUUGUACAUAAAUAAUGUCUUGACUUGUACAGGGGGCGCGAGGACGGAAUCAGACCGUUCCUGCAUAGUCGAGAAUUAGACGAAAUAUAGCUAAACACUUUUGGAGAACUUCCUUUGUCCUUUGUAGCUCCUUUUAUUUCAUUGUUAAGAGUUGUCUGUUGAACAAUUCUUUAAUAAAAUGUUAUGUUAUUCAGUU